AUGGGGCUGAAAAAAUCUAUCAGCCAUGAUUGAAUGGCAACGUAGACUCGAUGGAUCGAAUGGCCUAAUUUCUGUGUCUAUGUCUUAUGAAUCAUCCAGUCUCAUUUCAAAUCUUCACCAAUUUGUUCUUUCAAGCAGAGCACGAGUUCCCAACUACAUACCCCCCCAAUGAACCAUUGGCUUUUGCUUUUAAGCUGCAAUAUCUUUCAAAUCCUAGCAAGCAACCAGUGUCUGAGAGUUUCAGAGUAUCUUAGAAACACUUCUCCCCCUUGCAAAGCAUACCUUCACAACAACACACAGCCUUUGUAACCAGGGAUAAAUGCUGAUUGAUGAGAUCUGAACUCUCUUUUAAACACUAUAAAGCAUAACUGUUCAAAAUGUCAACACUUUCCUGGAACUUUGCAGAUGUGCAGUAAACGAUUGCUGCUGCAACCCAUUGGCUCCCAGUGUGAACACCUUGCACCUUCUUUUCAGUAAAACAACCAGGGUCUCCCUUUAAUCUAUGAUGACCUCAUCGUCAAGGUAUGUUGUUAGGCAGACUUCAGAACAGGUCACCAAACCCCUUCAUCUUAAAGGCAUAGUCCCAAAACGUAGUAUAUAAAAAUCUUGUAUUUGUAGCACCCUACAAGUCAUAUGAUGAUCAUUGUGCCAUCAUCUUUAUGUCACAACACAAACAUUCUUUUUAGAUCCAUCACAACCACACAGUUGCCAGAUCCAAGACAGUGACUUUACUAAAGUUACUGUUUGUGAAAAUAAGUCUCUUUCAGGACUGAAAGGGCUCACAGAACACUUGUAUGCUGUGCAGAGGUGCCUGAGAGCCUGUUUCCAUGGAGUUUGUGAGUAGGUAAGAGGUAGGAAGGGAGUGCGAACUCACAUAUUGAUGUCACAGCACCAUGGAUGAUGGGGUAGUCCUCAAAAAACGGGGCUACACCUUAGGUGUCAAUCUGGGGGAGGGGUCAUAUGCCAAAGUCAAGUCUGCCUACUCUGAUCGGCUGAAGACUAACGUGGCUGUUAAAAUUAUCGAUAGGAGGAAGGCUCCUGCUGACUUCCUGGAGAAGUUUCUGCCCCGUGAGUUGGAAAUCUUGGCUUUGCUCAAUCACCGCUACAUCGUAAAAACGUUUGAGAUUUUUGAGACUUCAGAUGGAAAGGUUUACAUUAUUAUGGAAUUGGGUGUUCAGGGAGAUUUAUUGGAGUUCAUUAAAACAAGGGGGGCUUUACCUGAGGAGGUGUCACGUAAGAUGUUCCGUCAGUUGGCACUGGCCGUUAAGCACUGUCAUGAGCUAGGUGUAGUCCACCGAGAUUUAAAGUGCGAGAAUCUCCUUCUAGACAAGGACUUCAAUAUCAAGCUCUCAGACUUUGGUUUUGCCAAGCGAUGCAGUACAGAUGAUCAGGGACGACCCUUGCUCAGCAAAACCUUUUGUGGCUCUGCAGCAUAUGCAGCUCCUGAAGUCUUGCAGGGCAUUCCUUACCAGCCUAAAGUGUAUGAUGUCUGGAGCCUUGGGGUAAUCCUUUUCAUCAUGGUGUGUGGCUCGAUGCCAUACGAUGACUCCAACAUCAAAAGGAUGCUUAGGAUUCAGAAAGAGCACAGGGUGGAUUUUCCCCGUUCAAAGGUGGUUCCUGCAGACUGCAAGGAACUGAUCUAUCGCAUGCUCCACCCUGACACCAGCAAGCGGCUCACCAUUGGAGAGGUCCUGGAACAUCCAUGGCUCUUUACUGCCAAGAUGAAAGAAACGACUUCAACCAAAAAAGUAGAUCAAAGUGCUGAGAAGAGAGAGGAGAAAAGAGAGGAGAAGAGAGAGGAGAAGCAUGGCCAUACCAAGGACGAACGACAUGAAGGAAAAACAGAGCAGAAACGAGACACAAAAUACCAGUGGGAAAUUGAAGCCGGCCAUGAGUGGGUAGACAUGAAACAUGAGGCAAAACAUGAGUGGAUGAACAUGAAACGGGACAAGGCAGAUGGCAAGCAUGAAGCUGAGCAUAAAGAAGAGGCCAGGAAUGAGGGGAAAUCCGAUUUCAAGAGUAGAACCUCACCUCAGGAAGCAAGGGACGCAAAGCACCAUUCAAAAGUACCAAGAUCUGAGCACAGGAGUGGAACCAAGACAGCUUUGAGGACAGAGAAGUCUCCAAAUCAAGAUGCCAAAACCGAUCCUGAAACUGACAGCAGACUGGAACCAAGAACAGAUACAAGGGGCAGCAGGCGCAAAUCAAGAAGCCUUAGACUAACUGACGAGGAUCAUCCUGAUGACAGCGAGGUCUAUCCUGACCAGGAGAGCUUCAUCGAGGCACAGAGCAAGGCAGAGCUGAAAAAGGUUAGCUCCAGAAAAUCAAAAUCUAUUGAAAAACGGGGCAAACAUUCUAGCAAAUCUCGCACCUAG